GAGAGAAUGUGGGGGCCAGCGGCAUGGACCCGGACGAUGGCAAGUCCGCGGCUAUUGCCGCAGUCGUGACUGAGCCUCGCUUCGCCCAGAGGUACCGGGAUUACCUGGGGAAGCAGAAGCUCGUGGACACGCAGCACCGCGUGCAGAAGCUGCCGGACGGCACCGUGGCGCUGCCGGUGCUGCAGGAGAGCCUCACGGAGCUGCACCUGCAGCAGCUGCGGGAGACCGUGGCCCCGGGCAGCACCUGUGUGCUCACGCAGCUCCGGGGGGCUCUGCCUUCCAAGGCCUCCCGGGGUUGUUCGCCCGCCCAGAGGCUGUGCCGCGAGGUGAGUGCCUGGGUGGAGGGCCGCGGAGUGACCUGGUCGGCUGAGCUGCAGACCGAUCUGCCCCGGUCUUGGCAGAGGCACGGGGACCUCCUGUUGCUGAGUGAGGACUGUUUCCAAGCCGAGGCGUGGAAAGAGCUGACGCCGGAACUCUGGGAGACCGUGGCCUCGGCUCUGGGCGUGCAGCGCUUGGCCAAACGAGGGCGGGUGGCUCCGGAUGGCACUCGGACCCCGGCGGUGACGCUCCUGCGGGGCGAGCAUGGCUGGGUGGAGCAUGUGGACAAUGGGAUCCGGUACACGUUCGACGUGACUCAGUGCAUGUUCUCCUUCGGGAACAUCACGGAGAAGCUCCGCGUGGCCUCGCUGCCCUGUGCUGGCCAAGUGCUGGUGGAUCUUUACGCCGGGAUCGGUUAUUUUACGUUGCCCUUCCUGGUGCAUGCUGGUGCCUCCUUCGUCCAUGCCUGUGAGUGGAACCCCCAUGCCGUGGCUGCGCUGAGACGUAAUCUGGAGCUUAAUGGGGUAGCAGAUCGGUGCCAGAUUCACUUUGGGGAUAAUAGGAAGUUGAAGCUCUCAGACAUUGCUGACAGGGUAAUCCUGGGACUGAUCCCCAGCUCUGAAGACGGCUGGCCCAUUGCCUGCCAAGUGCUGAGACAGGACUCCGGGGGCAUUUUGCACAUUCACCAAAAUGUGGAAUCUUUCCCAGGGAAAACCCCCCAGACUCCUAGAAACGGGGACGUGGAAGAGGUGGAGCAUUGGCAUUCUUCUCAGGAAAUCACCAAGCAGUGGGAAAGUGGAGAUACCAGGAACUCAAGAAAAGUAGUGUCAGCAGCUCCCAAGCCAGAAUGGCAGAGGUGGGCACGAACUGCAGAAACUCGCAUUGCCGGUCUUCUCCAGCAGCUGCAUGGGAAGCCGUGGAGGACCCGAAUCCUGCACAUUCAGCCCGUGAAAUCCUAUGCGCCCCAUGUAGACCACAUAGUCCUGGAUCUGGAGUGCCGCCCCUGCCCUCUAGUUGACUAAAGAAGGUGGAUCCUGAGACAUGCCGCUCAACUCGAGGCUGAAUUUUCACUGAGCACUUGAUGGACUGGCCUGGUCUGCAAGAGCCAUAAUGGAACCAAGGGAAAGAGAACAAAGGGAUCAGGAGACUCUGGACUCCUUGUCACCUCAAUCUAAGAAUUGGGAAUGUAAAAACUAUGAUGGCCUCCUUUACAAGCUUCAGCCCUGGUUGCCAGUUAACCCCAUCUGAUGG